CAUCGAAAAACCGGUGUCGGAGAAUGCCCUUACAUGUUUGUGGCAAUUUCUUAUAGCUCAGAAAAAGGGUGAUGUUAGGUGUAGUGCUAUGGGGCUGCAUGUAGAAAGGCCUCCUAGUCCACUUGCCGCCACCGCUGCCACCGCAGAUUUUGCAGCUUAUUGGAACCCCGUGGAAGAGAUGACCAUCACAACGAAUCUCUUUUGUGAAACCAAGACAGGGAAGAAGAAGCUGGUGUGGACGGAUCUUCUUCAUUUCAAGUUCUUGGAUGCCAUCACCUCUCUAGGGAUUCAUAAUGCGGUACCCAAGAAUAUUUUGAAACUCAUGAAUGUGCCAGGAUUAACCAGGGAGAAUGUUGCAAGUCAUUUGCAGAUCGUUCAUAGCUGUUCAUUCAUCCUGAAAUUUGGGACCAACAACUGGUAUCAGAGCCGAUCGAGUACUGAUCUGCAUCGACGAAAAACUGCGAAAAAUACUCUGUUUCAUGUUUCUCGAUGUUUAUUAAAUCUGCC